UAGCUAUUUCAUCAGCAACGAGAACCGCUGGAUCAUCUUCAUUAUUUUACCCUGCUCUCUUGCUAAGCAUAUCUCAGCUAAGUCAGGAUUUGUGCAUAUAUUCGGGUUUAUUUAUUCAUUCAUCCGUGGCGCGUGAUGGAUGAAAAGCGCAGAGCCUCCUGUCAGUACGGAUCCCUGGAAUGCACGAAAUGGAAAACAGAUGUGGACCAAACAGAUGCUGAUGUGGUAUCAAUGGCGGACUCUACUAUCACAGUUGGCGACAUUGAGGGUGAACUGUGUAAGAUUGAACGGAUAAGAGACAUUUUAAUUAGGAGGGAAUCCGAACUCAGAUACAUGAUGGAUGAUAUCCAGUUAUGUAAAGAAAUUACAAGACUGAAGAAAGAGCUUCAGAAGCUUCUGUCUAUCCCAGAUAAUGACAAAUCCAAUGAAGACAAACAGAAGGAGGAAGAACUUCUAAAACAGAUUCAUAAAUUAGUGGAGGCCAGAGAUUUCCUGGUGGACGACGUGGAGUUUGAGCGUCUCAGGGAACGGGAGGAAGACAAAGAAAUGGCUGAGUUUCUGAAGUCCAAAUUACCAAAAAGCUUUCAAUCCAAGAAUGUUCCUCGCAGUGGGAGGAGACUCGCCAGAGACCCACAGAGUUCUACUCCCUUUGUAACCAAGACAGGCCUCACUUUGCUGAAGGAGUGUUGUGGAUUCACCUGCUCUAUAAUGUAAAAGACACAUUUUCAGCAGUAACAGCAGGAAGGAACACAACGCAGUUCUGGAGCCUUGGAUGAAGAUGACCUUUUAAUGACACCAGGAGACUCAAAGAGCAUGGUGUGAUCCAAAUCUGGAGGUUUCUGAAAGACAAAGCUACUGUAUCAGUUUGUAUGCUAAAGAAUAACAGGUUUCUUUCUUUGUGUCUAUCUUCUUUCAGUUUAUUUUUCUUCCUUUAAACAUCAUAUAUAUAUUUUUUUUCAUUCUUCUUUCAUAGAUCCUGUUUCACUGUAUUACGGAGAACAUUUUGUGCUCUCUCCAGAGUUCUGCUGUCAACUGCUCAGUUGGCUUGCUGUCAUUUCUUGCACUUAUUUUUUUCCUCAUGAGACAUUGCUUUAGCGGUGCAGUACCUAUGAGAUUAUAAUCUGUAAAUGUUUAAGUUUCAGUAGAUUCCAUACAGACUGCUGAUUCUUAGUCAGCCCAGGUUUAUUUAGAAAUGUGUCUGUGAAAAUAAAUUGCUUUAUGCCUGUUUCAUGACAAAUAAAAUGUAGCACUAAAAUCGUGGUAAUUUUUAUGAAAGGGUUUAGCUUGAGUAAUUUUUUAGCAGUUUUAUCACGAGAACAAUUCUAUUUAGUAAUGCAAGAUUAAUGGUUUAUUCUCUUUUUAAAAUAAAAUAACACAAUGCCACCUACUGUACACCAAUUCAUAACCCUAAGUUAUACUGUUAGCAAGCACAAACAUGACAAAAACAUGAAUUAAAUUGCUGAAUCACCUAAGUCAUAAAUCUUUAAAGGUGACAUUGGAUUUACAUUAGUAUUUGUGUGUGUGUGUGUGUGU